UCCAAUUUUGAUUGAAAAAAAAAACCAGGAAGUGACACGUUUUCGGACGUAAUUUAAAAUUCAAAGACAGGGAAAUGUGACACUUUUUCAGCUGGAUGGCAUCGGCUGAAGCGCAUCCGUUUCCUCACGCAAAGUCGAUCAUCGAGACCUGCACAAAAGAGAGAGUCGGACCAGGUGCUAUUCCAUAGACUGGGAUACUUGAAACUGAAAUACAUGAAAAUGUCGCGAUAUGAAAAUGCGACGAUUAACGGCACACAGUCAUCGAACUGCUUUGACCCUACAGCAAGAAAAAUCGGAUACACCUUUACCUACUGCCUGUUGUUAGCGGUUUCCUUGGCUGGAAACAUGUUCAUUGGGAUAAUUGUCUACAAGACGAAACGCAUGAGAAAGCCCAUCAACUUUUUCAUUGUAAACAUGGCGAUAUCUGAUCUUCUCUUUCCGAUUUUCCUUUUCACGCGAAGGCUUCUAGUGUUGUUCGACAAUGGUCCUUGGGUAAUCAGCGGUGUUGUUGGUCAGAUGUUAUGCAAGCUGCCUCCUUUUCUUACAGAUGUCUCCUCUAUUGUGUCUAUCCAGAGUCUGAUUCUGAUAGCAGUUGAUCGAUUUGGAGCUGUGAUGUUUCCUUUUCGCUCUCCACUCAUCAGUUCAAAGCUAUGCCGUCUCUUCAUUCUGGGUACUUGGAUCGUUGCGAUGGCCAUUCAGUCGCCCUUUCUCUUCGCCCUAAAACUCGUUAAGAACCAAGAAAGACUAUGGUGCGAUUUAAGAUGGAAAGACACCUUCGGAAAGUCCUCGUCUUUCGAAAACUACGCUUUAGCAGUUAUAAUUUUGUUGUUCUGCCUUCCUUCGGUUUUGAUCGCCUUACUUUAUCUAUCCAUUCUCCUUAAACUCAAGACCCAGGCGGUUCCUGGCGAAAGAUCAGACAAUGCAAGAGAAAAACGAGAGAGGAAAGAGCGAAAUGUACUGAAGAUGUCCAUUGCUAUCGUGUCCGUGUUUGCGAUAUGCUGGGUACCUCACAUUAUCUACUGGCUUAUAAAGUUAUUUUCGCCACACAAAUUCGUUUCAACUUGUAGUUUCCAAUUAUUCACGUCGAUUUCGACCUUUCUGGGUAGCGCAAACUGUGCCAUAAACCCUUACGUCUGUUUCAUUUUCAGUGGAAAUUAUCGGCGUGGUCUCAAGAAUCUUUUCUGCUGUGUGUCUACACGCCAGGAAUAAUCAAGUUACACCGCACUUAAGGCUCGUUAAAUUAAACAGAAGUGGUUGCUUAACAAGUCACUGUAUCGAUAGUUUAACGUGAAAUACCCAGCAACGCAUAGCAUGAUCGAAGGAAAUUUUGAACAAACUAUGAUUGAGUGCAUACGAAAAAAUUUUUGACAAUCGCCUUUAACUUGUGCUUUCGUAAAAAUAUACAAAAUAUACCGGUUAUCUGUUGAUUUUGCUGCAGAUACUUCACUUUUCUAGAUAAACUGAGGAGUCACCUAUAAUAACAGUUUACCAAAGGAACCGCAGCUUCUUGGAGUUAUACAUAAAUUAGCAAAUUAAAUGAGAAACGGAUCUGUCUGCUAAAUUCACAGUACAACUCUAAUGGAACAUUUCUGUUAAUCUGCUGUGAUAAUUGGUCUAUAUUUACUUUACAAGGAGCAAUUAAAAAGAAAAGGAAAAAAAAAAAUGACAGGCCACCACGCGCAUUUUUGAUGAAAUGACGACUUCCUUCUCCGGCAAGCUUGAACCAAAAUGUCAAAGCGUGGCUAUCAGA